AUGUGAACCAUGCAGGUGGAUGCUGUUCUUGUGCUCUUCUGUGUUUGGCUCGCAGGAGCAGCUGGGAGGUUGGCCCAGUCGAGGGGUCACAAGCUGGAGACCUACAAACAGAGCAGGUCGCGAAGAGAGACCAGAAUGGAUGGGGGUGGAGGUCAAAAAUCCGGAAGCCCAAUUUACAAACGAAGUCCAGACAUGACAAAAUCUUUGAUGACAAAAUCUGAGCAACUCCUGAGAAUAGAUGACCAUGAUUUCACCAUGAGGCCAGCAUUUGGAGGUCCUCCAAUUCCUGUUGGAGUGGAUGUUCAGGUUGAAAGUCUGGACACCAUCUCCGAGGUGGAUAUGGACUUUACCAUGACACUGUACCUGCGUCACUACUGGAAGGACGAGCGGCUGUCGUUCCCGAGCACCAACAACCAGAGCAUGACCUUUGACAGUCGCCUGGUGAAAAAGAUUUGGGUUCCUGACAUGUUCUUUGUCCACUCCAAGCGCUCUUUUAUCCACGACACCACAACCGAUAACGUCAUGCUGAGGGUUUACCCUGACGGCAACGUCCUCUACAGUCUCAGAGUCACGGUCACUGCCAUGUGCAACAUGGACCUCAGCCGCUUCCCUCUGGACACCCAAACUUGCUCGCUGGAGAUCGAAAGCUAUGCGUACACAGAUGACGACCUGAUGUUGUACUGGAAGAAAGGCAACGAAUCCCUGAACACAGACGAGAGAAUAUCUCUGUCCCAGUUCCUCAUCCAGAAAUUUCACACCACCACCAAGCUGGCUUUCUACAGCAGCACAGGCUGGUACAAUCGUUUGUACAUCCACUUCACCCUGCGGCGCCACAUCUUCUUCUUCUUGCUGCAGACCUACUUCCCUGCUACUCUGAUGGUCAUGCUGUCCUGGGUGUCCUUCUGGAUUGACCGCAGGGCCGUCCCCGCCAGGGUGCCACUAGGCAUCACUACAGUGCUGACCAUGUCCACCAUCAUCACCGGGGUCAACGCCUCCAUGCCGCGGGUCUCCUACAUCAAGGCAGUGGACAUUUACCUCUGGGUCAGUUUUGUCUUUGUCUUCCUCUCGGUGAUAGAGUACGCAGCAGUCAACUACCUCUCCACCGUACAGGAGAGGAAAGAGAGGAAACUAAGGGAGAGACUACCGUGUACAUGCGGCAUUGGCAACCCUGACGAGAUGAUGAUUGACCCCCAGAUCACUGGCUACGGGUCCAUGGAUAUAAACAACACAGGGAAUUAUGGGAUGCCAGAGAACGGCGGUCGCCAGGAUCGAAUGUUGGCCCAGGUGUCAUUGAAUGACCCGCAGAUUGCAAGCCAGGUGAAGCCAUCCAGAGGCUAUGUGAACAUUUGGAUAGACACCCACGCCAUAGACAAGUACUCAAGGGUUGUGUUUCCUGGAGCGUACAUCCUCUUUAACAUCAUCUAUUGGUCCAUCUACUCGUAACCAGGGAUGCAGAAGUAGAUUCUUGUGAGAGUCGUUAAUGAUGAGACUCCAGGAGCUUGGCUCAUUUGUAGAGGAGCAGGAAAAUAACAUUGCAUUUGAUGCUUUUCAGACCCAGAAACUGCACUUAAGAUGCAUAGGGACCAUUAACAGAUUGGUGACCAUUGCCUUCUCGACCCAGCCCCUUAAAACAGAAGAGUUUAUAAAUGAGCUACUGACACACAGGACAGUCAUCGCUGUUUUUUUCACUCCAUCAAAUCUAUGUGGCUUCAUGUUGUAACUAUCAGUAGGGGUGAUGGAAAGACAUUUGGAUACUGUCGCCUCAGGACUUACUGCACAGUGAGAUGCACAAACAUCGACCUGUGCAUUUUAACUCGGCGACAUUUCAGUUCUUGAUGCAGUGACUCUUUGACCACAUUUUCAAAACCAAAAAAUGUGAACUGAAAACAGAUUUCUGACAUUGAAAACACAUUUCUUAACCUUGGCAUAUGAACUGGACUUGACAAUCAAUGGCAAACUAAAAUACUUUAAAGGAAUACGCCACCGUUUGUUGAAAUAGGGUUAUUCACAGUCUCCUCUAUAUUUAUAUAGGUGGGCAAACACAUUUUGUCUCAGUGCAUGCAUUGUCUUAGUCCGGCGCCGCCGCUGCUAGCUUAGCUCAGCAUAAUGAAUGGAAUCCUUUGUUGCUGUAAAAAUAGCAAUGCAGAGUAAGACUAGACAAUUUACUAGGCAGAUAUUGACUUGGGACUAUAUUAGGUGGAAGUAGGCUACUGCCGAAGCACUGCUACUCGGACACAGAGAUUUUUUUUAAUUGUGGUUCUUGAUGUAAAGAUGAAAAAGUCCAGGUGAAUGGGCAACAUCAUCAUACCAACACAAUAAAUACCUAUAUCAUCAUUAAUAAAAUAAUUUCAAUACAAACAUUUCGCGACCCGUCCCCAGAUAAGCGAACGACGAUGGAUGGAUGGAUGGACUAACUAAGUCUACAGCAAUGCUAGCGACUCUGUGAGACUUAGGCACAGCGAUGCUAAAUGCUAACACAUCCUAGAUCGAUGGGGCUCUGCAGCAGGCAGCCCGUGGAGCUCAUUUUAACAAAUGGUGGCGUAUUCCUUUAAGGAAUAGUUUGAGUUAUUUGCAUUUUGGUGGAAAGUUUGAUAAAAAGAUUUAUACCACUCAUGUCUGUACAGUAAAUAUGAGAUGGUUAGCUUAGCUUAGCACAAAUACUUUAAACGGGGGGGGGGGAACAGCUAGCCUGCUGUCUACCUACCAGCACCGCUAAAACAACAAGCUUAGUAAUGAAAUUGUCAAAUCAUAUUUUUACUUUUGUGAAUAUAUAUAAAUUGAGUGUGUUAAAUGGGCUUAUGUAUUGUGUUGUUUUGGUCGCAGGCCCCUGAACUGAAUCAAGCCAAAAAUCGUAUUGUGGCAGACUUUGUGAUAUCAGUAAAUAUUGUAUUGUUGCCCAUAGAAUCAAUAUAAUAUUGUAUUGUGAUAAAAUUGUGAUUUACACCCCUAGCAGGCAGAUGGUUGUCUUAGGACAGAGCCAGGCUAGCUGUUUCCCUGUUUCCAGUCUUUGUGCUAAGCUAAUCUUCUUAUUGGAGUCUUGGCUGAGAGAACUAAUUAGUGCCAUUUUCUAAAAUGUGAAACUAUUUCUUUAAAAACCUGCUAAUCUGAUUAUUCUUAAAGCAUGUUUUUAUGAUUCAGUCUGUGUUACAUUUCUUGUCAUCUUUGUUUCAAUGCAAUUAUUUUGCUGUCAAGUUCUUACUGCAUUGCAUUUGUGUGAUUUGAUAAUGUUAAAUAAUGCAUUCUAUUAAAAUCACAAAUGUAAAAAUAUGUUUAGUAAAUCCCAAACACUGAUUAUGGUAUUGACUUUUUUUAAAUGUCUAUUUCUUUUUUUCUUUUUUAUACAACUGAAGCUCAUCUCCUCUGUUUGGUGUUGUGAGGCUUUGAGAUUCACUGUGACCCGUUAGUUGCUAGUUUAAUUUGUUGAUAAAAAAGAUAUUAAAAAUAUCUUUUGGUGGUUUAUUACAAUUAAAUGACCAAACAUACAGAUAUUAAAUAUGGGAAAAAUGUUUGUUUUGUUUUAUGAAAAUGUGAAAAUUACUUGAGCAGAAUUUAGGUGCUGGACAACACAACCAGAAUACUGUACAUUUAAAACUCCAUGUAACACAUUUAGUAUGUAGAAACAUAAAUGGAUUGAGAUGCAUGGCUGAAUAAUGCUUUUUUCUGAAUAUUGCUUCUGCAGACAUCAAUUAAAAUCUGCUGAAACGACCUCUAAA